GAGCACAAAAGUAGGUCACACAAAUGUUUAAUCAGUGGGUAUUUACAUUCAUUUUAUUAUUGUAUUACUAUCAUGUUUUUUCCGAUAGUUAUAAAAGCAACCGACGCUCCUGAAUUAUCAACGACUGCGGUCAGUAUGCGUAGUGCGUUUGUACAGUUGAAUAAUUGCGAAUGCUAAGAGUUGUAAAAUUUCGAUUCAUCUACAUAGACUUAUUUGUCUGAAAGCAUACUACUUUAAAUAUGAUAGCUUACGUUUUCGCUAUGUACGUUUCUACGUUCUUCAUUUCUGACAUUUACUCAAAUUCUGCUCAAAGCGUACCAGGUCGAGACGACUGGUACAAGACUGGAUUGAAAUAUGACGAUCUUCCACGUGUUUUCAGCUUGAAAGCCGGAUGUCCAGCAAAAGAAUUCUAUCUAGAUUGUAAUAUGUGUAAUUGUGGAGAUUCCAAUGAGCCGGCUUGUACCUACAAAGCUUGUCCGCAACCCCCUCAGAUAGUUAACUGGAGAAGUGGGAAGUCCUGUCCAGCGGGUCAACAUUUCUACUGGAAGUGCAACGACUGCUCCUGCGAAGAAAAUGGAAGAGAAGCAUCCUGUACUAGAAAUUUCUGUCCAGACUUUGGAGACUCUCCUUCACAGUAAUUCCGUUUUUGAUAAAAAAACCAUAUUAUACAUAAACUAGCCAAUACACGCAUGGCUCACCAUUACGCAUCAGCCACAAAAAUCCCUUCCUCGAAUAAAUUUGCAAUUCCUCCAUCCAA